UUGUCAAACUUAUCCGUCUCUUCUUUCUUUCUUUCUUUAUCUAUCUAUCUAUCUAUCUAUCUAUCUAUCUAUCUAUCUAUCUAUCUAUCUAAAUCUGUUCGUUAUCUAUUUAUCAAAGUCUGUACACUAUCUAUCUAUCUAUCAAUCUCAAAUGGUUCAAUAUCUAUCGAUCUAUCUAUCUAUCUAUCUAUCUAUCUAUCUAUCUAUCUAUCUAUCUAUCUAUCUCAGAUUGUUCAAUAUCUAUCUGUCGCAAUCUGUUUGUUAUCUAUCAAAGUCUGGUCACUAUCUAUCUAUCUAUCUAUCUAUCUAUCUAUCUAUCUAUCUAAUUGUAUGACUUUUAUCGAUCGAUCAAUCUAUCUCAUUCUCUCUCUCUCUCUCUCUCUCUCUCUCUCUAUAUAUAUAUAUAUAUAUAUAUAUAUAUAUAUAUAUAUAUGUACACAAUUGUUUGUUGACCAUCUAUUUAUCUCAAAUUUUUCAUUAUCUAUCUAUCUAUCUCUCUCUAUAUAUAUCUCUCUCUCUAUCUAUCUAUCUAUCUUAAUGUAUGCCUUUUAUCGAUCGAACUAUCUCAUUGUCUUUCGAACUUCUAUGGAUCUUAUUUAUCUGUCUGUCUAUCAUUAUUUGUUGACCAUAUCUCACUCUCUCUCUCUCUAUAUAUAUAUAUAUAUAUGUGUGUGUGUGUUUGUUGACUAUCUAUCUAUCUAUCUAUCUCUCUAUCUAUCUAUCUAUCUAUCUAUCUAUCUAUCUAUCUAUCUAUCUAUCUAUCUGUCUGUCUCUCAUUGUUUUAUUCUUUUUUGUCUUUAUUUCUAUCCUUCCUCUCUUCUCUUUCUAUCUUCUUUUUGUCUGACUCUUUUACUUUUCUCUCUUUUCUUUCUUCUUUUCAACUCAUCCUGCAAAUCCGAACUUUCUUUCCUCUUUCGAAACCCCUUUUAUAUUCUUUGCUUUUUCUAUUCAUUUUGCUUCUCUAUUUUAUUCUUCAUCCUCUUCUUUUCAUAUUUUUUUCCUUUUCUUUUUUUUUUUUUUUUUUUGUGGGGAGGGAAUAUGCCUACCCUCACUAUAUGUAUCCAUUUAGGUCGAUUCGUACACAGCUUGCUUAGUAUCUCAGGUCUCUUCUUGUUUGUCUGUCUGUCUGUCUAUCCGUCUACGUCUGUGUCUAUGACUGUCCUUGUCUGUCUGUCUGUCUAUGUCUCUUCGUGUCUGUCUACGUCUAUUCUUCCCUGUCUAUCUGAUUGUCUAUGUCAGCUCUUUUCUUGUCUAUCUCUCUACGGCUGUUUUGUUUACUUUAUCAAUGACCCUUUUUCUUUGUCGAUCUCCCUGUCGAUGGCUGUUUUUGUCUGUCUAUCCCACUGUCUAAGUUUGUUCUUGUCCGUCUAUUUACCUGCCUAUGAGUGUUUUUGGUUGUUUAUUUCCCUGUCUGUGACUGUUUUUGUCUGUCUAUCUCUCUAUGGCUUUUAUCUGUCUAUCUCCGGAAGUCUGUUCUUGCCUGUCCCUAUAUCUGUCUAUGCCUGCUAUUGUCUGUCUAUCUCUUGUCUGUCUCCUAGUCUAUGUCUGUUCUUUAUCUAUCUAUCUAUCUAUCUAUCUAUCUAUCUAUCUAUCUGUCUGUCUAUCUCAGUCUGUUCUCAUCUAUCUAUCUAUCUAUCUAUCUAUCUAUCUAUCUAUCUAUCUAUCUAUCUAUCUAUCUGCGUAACAUCUAACUCUCUCUCUCUCUUUCUCUCUCUCUCUCUCUCUCUAACUCUCUCUCUCUUUUUCUCUCUUCUUUCAGACUUUUUUUCCUUUGUUUUUUUUCUUUCUUUUUUUCCCAUUCUUUCGCUUUUCCAUUUCAUUUUCUUUUUAUUUGUCUCUUUCUUUUUCUUACUUCUUCGCUUUCUUUCUCUUUAUUUCCCAUUCUUUUUCUCUUUCUUUUCUUCUCCAUUUCUUCCGCAACUACUCCUCCUCCUUCCUCUUCUCGCUUCUUCCCUUCUUCUACUCCACCUCCUUUCUUCUCAUCUCCCUUCGCUCUUUUCCUCCUACUUCCUCUCCUACUUCGCUGUCUGUCGUCUUUUCUUUCCUCUCCUCUCCUUUCCAACCACUCUUUACUUUCUCUUCCUCUACUCUCUUCCUUUUUCUCUUUCCUUCCUCUCUUCUCUUACCCCCCUCUAUUAUUUCUUUUGUCGCUUUUUUCUUCUUUUUUCUUUUCUUUCUACUUCAUAUCUAUUUUUCUUACUCUCCUCCUCUGUUUUCUUUCUAUCGUCUUUCAUUGCAUUUCCUUUUUCUCUUUCUGCUUUCCGCUUACUUUCUUUCUUUCUUUUCUUCUCUUCCUUUUUCCCAUCCUUUUUCUCUUCCUCUGUUCACCUUGUUUCUUUCCUUCUUUUUUUUUUCUCUUCCUCUUUUUGA